AUGAGGCUACAGCAAAAUCAUAAGUCUAAAGAAGUGUUGGAAACAAACGGAAAGGAGGGGGAUGGUUUACGAAAUAGAAAAAUCUCCCACCUGGGCUCUUUGGACAAGACAGAAGCAGAAGAUGAUGAAGAGGGGGAGGAGGAAGAUUUUCAACCACCUCCGAGAGAACAGGAAACAGUCUUUUCUUUGAACAAGUGCAUCCUUGCAGCUGUCAUUCUUCUAGGGCUAGGAACCAUUUUCUUCUCUGGUAUGCUCAUGGACCCAGAUGGUGAAGCAGACAUGGAUGUUAGAGAGUUGAAGGAUCCAACAAAUCAGGAGUGGCUGAAUCCUGAGGUCUCCAAAGACAUGCCUGUUGGUCUUCAGCCUCCAGACAUUUUAAGCAAACAGGCAAAGGAAGAUCAGCAAAUAUUGGUACUACAGGCACAGCUUCAGCAACAUCAAGGUGAACUGAAAGAAGCACAGUUUCGGACAGAGGAGGGAGAGAAAGAGCGUGUGAGGAGAGAAGAGCUGGAGAAGGAGUACAAGAGGAUAAAAGGAGAACUAGAUAGAGUACCUGCUCUUCAGAAGGAGCUGGAGCAGGAGAAUGAGAGAAUGAAAGAAGAAAGUGCGAGAGCAAAGAAAGAGCUGGAGGCCGUGCCAUUACUACAGAGAGAACUGGAGCAUCUGAAAGCUAAAGUUUCACAGCUCACACAGAGCACAGGAAGAGCAGAAUCUCUGCAUCCAAAUGCAACCUCUCGGAUGCCCUCUGCUGGAGACAAAAGUGAUGUACCACCGAAUGAAAGACAAGACAUGAAGCCCAGGAAGACUCGGGGCAAAAAGAGUGAGGAGAAGGAACAAAGCAAGGGAGACAAAGAAUGGAAAAAAAAGAAAAGUGAAAAAAAGGAAGAUGACAAGGAAAGGAGGGAGAGAGUGACUGAGGGAGAGCAUACUAAGGAACCGAAAGAGUGGAAAAAAGAUAAAAGCCACCAAGAGGCAGGUAAAGCAGGAAAGAGAAAAGAGUGGAAAAAGGACAAAAAACGAGAUGAUGGUAAAAUGGGGAAAGAAAGUAAAGUCAAGAAAGAUUUUAAUGAGUGGGAUGCAAAAAAAGAAUUGAAGGAAGAUAAAAAGCGGAAGAAAGACAAACAUGUAGGACAGGAUGAGAAGAGGGGAGACAAAAAGGACUGGAAGGAUACUGGGAACAAGAAAGUGAAAGAGGAAAAAGAAAGGAAGCAGAGAGGGGAGCGGAAAGAGAACAAAGACUGGAAAAGUGAUAAACAAAGUGGUGGGAAUGACCAUAAAGAACGGAAAGAGAAAAGGAAGGAUGAAUGGAAAGGUGAAAAGGAAUGGAGAAAGGAAAAGAGGGACGGAAAACACAACGAUAAAAAAUGGAAAGGAGACAAAGAAUUUCCAAAAGAGUUUGAUGAAAAAGAAAUGGAGGAAAAGCAUUGGAGAGGGAAACUAAGAGAGUCAAAAGAUAGAGAAUGGACAAGAGAUGGAAUAAACGAGGAGAAAAAAAAGGUGUACUACCAUAUUAAUGAGGGGAAAAAUAGUCCCAAUGAAAAAGAGAAACAACAAAAGGGGAGACAUGGGCACAGACCACCAGACCAGACCUCCUCCCAUCACCAUUAUGACCAUGAGAACUACUGGACCAAACAAAGAGAGCGCAUUCAGCACUAUAACGAGCAGCGGGAGACAUGCAGCGGUGUGGCAGACUGCGCUCGAGGCGAGGGACUCUCUCCCGUCGGCCUGCGGGACUUCGAGACCCUUCUCCAGUUCUACCUGAACAAGCUCCAGGAUCAGGACCAGACCUCCAGCAAAGAAGAGCUCCGUAAGCUGGUGAAGGAGUUCUUCACGGAUGGAGUGUUCGCUCAUGAUCAGAUGCCGUUCAGGGAGUUCGUGGAAGAUGUGGAAGACAUUUUGGAGGACAUGGCUGAAGGAGAAGAGAGCGACAGCGAGGGAGAGGAGAACGAGGAAGACGACGGCGAUGAGAUGGAAGAAUUUGAAAGGGAGGCAAUGGAGAAGUUUGCAAUUCCAGAAGAAAUGAAGAAGGUUGAGAGGAAGGGAGAGCAGAAAAAAGACAGCGGAAGAGUGAAAGGUUGAAGGUUCCUCAUGGUGAUUUAGAGGUGAUUCCAAAAUCUGGAAACAGUCUGCAUUUUUAAAGAGCUUAUUCAAUUUGAACAAUAUGGCUUUGCUUUUUCUUUUUAUAGAUAAAGUAUUACUGUAAAAGCUAAGUGAUGGUUUCCUUAUAAUAGCUGUUUUUGCUCAUUUUUCAUUCAUAUUUAAAAAUGUUAUACACCAUCAAAUAAAAACUCAUUGAGAGUCGCCUGUUCAGUCAUUUAAAGAACUGGGGUUGGAUUCAUGAAAUGUUCUUAAGAAUAAAAUUCGUAACUUUUAUUUUCUUCUUAUUUUCUUUU